GCAACAUUUUCUGAAGGGAUUAAAUUCAUGAUGCCUGUGGAUUUUUCUAACCACCUCACUAUAGUUUUGUUCCAUUCAGGUUACUCAUCAGCAGUACAGAAAUUCUCCCAGACUCUGCAGUCCUUUCAGUUCGACUUUAUCGGUGACACACUAACGGAUGAUGAGAUUAAUAUUGCCGAGUCCUUUAAGGAGUUCGCAGAGCUGCUCCAGGAGGUAGAGCUGGAGAGGUCCAUGAUGGUACAAAACGCCAGUGACUUGCUGAUCAAACCUUUGGAGAACUUUCGGAAGGAGCAGAUAGGAUUCACCAAGGAAAGAAAGAAAAAGUUUGAGAAGGAUGGUGAGAAGUUUUAUUCUAUGCUGGAUCGCCAUUUGCACUUGUCUUCCAAAAAGAAGGAAUCCCAAUUACAGGAGGCUGACCUUCAGGUUGACAAAGAGAGACACAAUUUCUUUGAGUCCUCCCUCGAGUAUGUGUACCAGAUCCAGGAAGUACAGGAGAGCAAGAAAUUCAGUAUUGUUGAACCGGUGUUGGCUUUUCUCCACAGCCUCUUUACUUACAACAACCUGACAGUCGAGCUCACGCAGGAUUUCCUCCCUUACAAACAGCAGCUUCAGCUCAGCCUGCAGAAUACGAGGAAUCAUUUCUCCAGCACGCGGGAGGAGCUGGAAGACCUGAAGAAGAGGAUGAAGGAAGCUCCUCUAACCUGCAAGCUCCCUGGGCAGCCAACCAUUGAGGGCUAUCUGUACACUCAGGAGAAAUGGGCGCUGGGCAUCUCCUGGGUGAAAUACUACUGCCAGUAUGAAAAAGAGGCAAAAACCUUACGGAUGACGCCCAUGGACCAGAAACCGGGAGCUAAGCAAGUGAAUCCAAAAUGUCCAGGGGACGUGGAUCUCCAGAGCGGCGACUGGGACAUCAAGACGAUCACCAGCUCACUGAAGUUUUACCUCAGGAACCUCUCUGAGCCCGUCAUGACCUACAAGCUCCACAAAGAGUUGGUCCUGGCUGCCAAAUCUGAGAACCUUGAUUACAGGCUGGGAGCCAUUCACGCGCUGGUCUAUAAACUACCUGACAAGAACAGAGAGAUGUUAGAGCUCCUCAUACAACACCUCGUCAACGUCUGCGAGCACAGCCGGGAGAACCUGAUGUCACCCUCGAACAUGGGGGUGAUAUUUGGGCCCACCCUCAUGCGGGCGCAGGAGGACACCGUGGCGGCGAUGAUGAACAUCAAGUUCCAAAACAUCGUGGUGGAAAUCCUCAUCGAGCACUUCGGGAAGAUCUACUCCGGGCCUCCAGAAGACACCACCCCCCCACCGGUGCCUCCUCCCCGCGUGGCUGCGCGGCGGCACAAACCCAUCACCAUUUCCAAACGCCCUCUGAGGGAGAGACCCGUCUUCUUCGGCGCUUCCGUGGAAGAAAGUGGAGCAGAGCGGCACAGCCAGGCCCCCAACGGCAGUGGCGCAGAGGCCCCCAGACCGCUGCACCGCAGCCGCCUGCCCGCGCCCCGGCCGGGGGGGGACGAGCCGGGGCGUCCCCCCGCCGAGGGCCGGCCCGACGCCCGUGCCGAGGCAGAGGUGGGGAAGCUGGUGGCCAGGCUGCAGGACGGAGGAGUGAAACCGGCCGGCAAGGCUGCCAACGGGCUGGUGGCCAGCCCUGCCCUGAGGACCAACACGCUGCAGGCCAGGAGACCGGCUCCUCGGCCCGGGAUCUACGGCAGAGAGGGCGAGUGCGACGGCGUCCCUAAGCCGCGAUCCCACGGCGACAAGCCCGUGAUAACGCGUCCCCCCGUGCGCCCUCCGGACCCCCCGUGCAGGGCUCCCGUCCCCCCGAGGCUGGAGCCGAGGCCGGACCUGGCGGCAGGAUCGGCGGAGGAGACGCCUUCGUCCGUGGUGGCCUCCAGGACAAAGUUCUUUGAGACAGCUUCCCGAAGAACAAGCAAUUCUUCAUCACCACAAGGCAGGAUCCCAGGUGAUGAGAGCUGAGGCUAAAGACUCUGGAACCGCCUCAGCCCAGCUGGACCCAGGACAUUCUCUGUGCUUGUGAAACGGCCGUGCCACAGCGAGGACUUUCCCAGUGCCAGCGCCCCUGGGAGCAGCUCUCCGACCGGACGAUGAUUUCAGAGCGUGCUGGCAGAAGUGGCUCAAGAAAUUAGAAGUGAGAGAGACAAUGACGGAGGGAAGACCCUCCCCACGCGGUUGUGUCGAAGUGCCCCGGCGCCCCCGCCGCCCCUCUGCGCCAGCUGUGGAGGAGGAAGCUGGCGGGGGGGCCCUUGUUGCUGCGGGAGGGGCGGCGGCGGCCGGGGGGGCCUUUCCCUGCUCCCUCUGGGGGAAGCGCGCCUGGGCAGGGGUGACCCGGGACAGCCGUGGGGUCACAGCGCCGGGGCGGCCUCCCCGCCUGGGUGCGAGGGGAGUGACCGGGGCUGGGGCUGGCCCCCCCCACCAGGAGAAGCUCCGUCCUGCCCGGGAGGGUUUCCUGGCUGGGCGAGCGCUAUCGCAGCCUGUCGGGAGCCGCCUGUGUUACUGGAAACGCUGCCCCUGUGGGGCAGGGACUGGGGGAGCGUCGUGGGCAUCUCUUCAUCACCCCCCCGCCGGCGUCAGCGUGUCCCAGUCCUGGGGAACAGGCUGGGCUGGGGGCUUUGCCUGGGGGAGACCCCGCCUGCGGCUUCCCGGGCAGUGCCCUCGG